GAGCCGAAGCAGAGCAGACCCUGCCCUCUCUGAUCGGAGAGGGAAUCACGACCACAGGUCCAGACGCAAAGACUCUCCUCCAUCAUGCAGAGCUCCGUGCUUCUCCUUUCCCCGGUCCUCCUCCUGUGUCUCCUCAUCCCCAUCUGCACCUCCCAGAGCGACGGGGACCUCGUCGUGCAGACACGCAGCGGUCCAGUCCGCGGAACUCGCAUACCGGUGCCAGACCGAAACCACGUCACCGCGUUUCUUGGCAUCCCCUUUGGUGAGGCGCCAGUAGGGAAGCUGCGUUUCCGUCCUGCUGAGCCCAAGCGCUCUUGGACGGAUGUGCAUGAGGCCAACAACUACCCCAACGCCUGCUUCCAGUAUGUGGACAUGUCGUUCCCCGGCUUCCAAGGCAGCGAGAUGUGGAACCCCAACAGAGAGAUGAACGAGGACUGCCUGUACCUGAACGUCUGGGUGCCCUCCUCACCAAGACCUCACAACCUCACCGUCAUGGUGUGGAUCUACGGCGGAGGGUUCUACAGUGGUGCUUCCUCUCUGGACGUGUAUGAUGGCCGUUACCUAGCUCACAGUGAGACAGUCAUUGUGGUUUCCAUGAACUACCGUAUCGGUGCCUUUGGCUUCCUCGCUCUGCACGGCUCCCCUGAGGCUCCUGGCAACGUGGGUCUGCUGGACCAGAGGCUGGCCCUGCAGUGGGUACAAGAUAACAUCCAUUUAUUUGGUGGAAACCCCAAACAGGUGACCAUCUUUGGUGAGAGUGCAGGAGGUGCUUCAGUAGGAUUCCACCUUUUGUCUCCAGACAGCCGGCCUACCUUCACCAGGGCCAUCCUCCAGAGCGGGGUCCCAAACUCCCCCUGGGCCUCAGUGAGCCCCGCGGAGGCCCGCAGACGGGCCACGCUGCUGGCCAAACUGGUUGGCUGCAAUGGAGGCAACGACACAGAGCUGGUGGACUGUCUGCGUGGUAGAUCCCCACAGGAGCUCAUCGACCAGGAGUGGCAGGUCCUGCCGUGGUCCGGCCUCUUCCGGUUUUCAUUUGUCCCUGUUGUGGACGGAGAGGUCCUGCCCGACACUCCCGAGGCCAUGCUCAGCUCAGGCAACAUUAAAGACACUCAGGUCCUGCUCGGGGUCAACCAGGACGAGGGCUCCUACUUCCUGCUGUACGGAGCGCCCGGCUUCAGCAAGGACAAUGAGAGCCUCAUCUCCAGGGAGGAAUUCCUGGAAGGUGUGAAGCUCAGCGUGCCACAUGCUAACGACAUUGGCCUGGAGGCCGUGGUGCUGCAGUAUACGGACUGGAUGGAUGAGAAUAACGGGUUGAAGAACCGGGAAGCCUUGGACGACAUCGUGGGCGACCAAAACGUCAUCUGCCCGCUGGCACACUUCGCUCGCUCCUACGCCCAGCACAACGCCCUGAAGUCUAACAUGGGAGGAAACCCACAAGGCCUCUACCUCUAUCUGUUCGACCACCGGGCGUCCAACCUGGCGUGGCCCGAGUGGAUGGGAGUGAUCCACGGCUACGAGAUCGAGUUUGUGUUCGGGCUGCCCCUGGAGAAGAGACUCAACUACACCCUGGAGGAGGAGAAACUGAGCCAGCGCAUCAUGAGAUACUGGGCCAACUUUGCACGAACUGGAAAUCCCAAUGUGAACCAUGACGGGAUGAUGGACAGCAAGAAGCGCUGGCCUCUGUUCACCGUCAGCGAGCAGAAACACGUCGGACUCAACACUGAACCAAUGAAGGUCCACAAAGGGCUGAGGAACCAAAUGUGCGCCUUUUGGAACCGCUUCCUGCCACGUCUCCUCAACAUCACCGACAACAUAGACGAGGCAGAGCGCCAGUGGAAGGUGGAGUUCCACCGCUGGUCCUCCUACAUGAUGCACUGGAAGAGCCAGUUUGACCACUACAGCAAGCAGGAGCGCUGCACUGACCUCUAAGAGAGAGAGAGAGAGAGAAAGACGGGGAGGGGGACAGAGAGAACAAGCCGUGGCCAUUUCCCUCCAUAGCCCCCUCAGUGAAGUCUAACUUCAUUCAAACAUUUCCUUUUUUUUCUUCUGUUUCACUCCACACACAAACACAUAGGCACUGUUUAUCUUUAUUUGUAUUAUUUAUACUAUUUAUUUAUGUGUUAUUUUUAUUUAUGUGUUUCUCUGUGGAAGCUAAGAAAGGGCUAUGGAGGGAAGUUGUCAUCAAUAAGGAGGAAUAUUAGAAAUGUCAAAGAUGUGUCAUUACCUCGGGUGUGUGUGUGUGUGUGUGUGUGUGUGUGUGUGUGUGUGUGUGUGUGUGUGUGUGUGUGUGUGUGUGUGUGUGUGUGUGUGUGUGUGUGUGUGGGGCUUGAAAGCCCCCAGUUUAACUUAACAGGCCCAUGACACUGCAACACUGCUGGUUCACUGUGUGUUCUGUUGAUCUUCAUCUCUUGUUUUUGAGGAUUCCUUCUUUCCGACAUAUCAGGGUUUUUUGUUUUUUGGACUCAACAAAACUGUUUGUUUGUUUUUUGGACUCAACAACACUGUUUGUUUGUUUUUUGGACUCAACAACACUGUUUGUUUGUUUCUGUCGAUGCCUUUUUUGUUCAUGAUUACUAUAAUGACCGCUAUUCCCAUUUGCUGCGUGUUCUGCUCCUUGUGUAUUUCUCCUGUGGCAAAGCCAUAAGCUGGGUAUUUUGUGUGGAAACGCUCCAUGGACUAUAACUGUUUGGUGCCUAAUUUAUAUUUUAGAAAGUUCACCUAAAUCUGCUUGACCUUUGUCAGAAAUAAUUCAUUUUUUAUGUUAAUGGCACUCUGUCAGCUGUUUAGUACCAUACCUCUCACUGUCUUAUUUGCAUAUCAGCAUAGAUCAACAGAAAUUGGGUAGAGGGGGUGGGCAGAGGAACUGGAAAUGUCUACUGAUAAUGUAAAACUGGGAAAAUGUGUUCAAAUGGCCCUGAAUGGUAACAGCUGCACUCUUGAGUUAAAGUGAGGCAUUUCACUUCGGCCACUGUGACCACUGUUAAAAGCAAUUCAUCCAUUUGAAAAUGUUUUUUUAAUGAAUUGAUAUUUAAUCUAUUCAUAUUUGCAGCUUUACUCUUACAUACUCUUUAGACAUUUUAGACUCUAAUUUGUAAAGAAAAUAUAAUGUAAAGAAAUGUCACUUUAAAGCCACUAUUUAAGCAUUUCAAACUGCCUAGCGUUAGCAUUAUUGGGUGGUAGCAUUUGGAAAUGGCAAAAACCGGUACCCUUCAACCAAAAAAUAAAUGUAAUACUGUAAUAAUAAUCCUUUGUUACACAAUCUGUACGAAGAUGAUCCCUGUGAGGAUACAUUUGUACUACAUUUUUAAAUGUUUUACAUUACAGAGUGAAUCAGUUGCUUUAUGAAGGAAUCCCUUAAAGUUAACCCUUUAAACAUACAGUAUAAUGUGAUGAACUCUAAAUACUUUUGUGUGCGUCUUUCAAUCCAAAUCUGUUUGGGGGGGAUGUGAUAAGCAGGAGCAUCGCUGUAGCUGUGAGGUUACUGAGGUCAUGUGACCUCUGUCCUUGUCAAAUCUUGUUCACAGCCCUGUUCAGAAACCACUUUUUUCCACUGCACUGAAUUUCUUUGAGUGAGUGUAUGCGCUGUCUUAGGUGUGUGUGUGUGUGUGUGUGUGUGUGUGUGUGUGUGUGUGU